AUGGAGGCCACUCCACCUUCUGAACGUGAUUCUCGUCUGAAACCUGUCCAUCUCCUCUGGAAUUACGAACUUCGCCGCACAAACCAAAUCUUGACCGAGCGCCUCCUUCAGACAAAAAGAACAGUCAACGAAGCCGAAGAGGUCAACGACUAUCUAUGUGAAAGUUUGAAAGACCUCAUCGGCAUAAUGAGCUCGCUCAUGACAGCCAACAUGAAUUCAGCUGAAGAUGACCAGUCUCUUGAGCUACGCAAGCUCCAACGCCAGUUCAAACGCACCCUGAAGGCAGUGAAUAAAUACACAAAGGCCACUGAUGAAAAGAGCGACGCAAUGAUCAACUGCAUUAGUGCAAUCGGUCUUCUUCUGGGGCAGCUCAAAGAAAGGGCAGCUGCAAACAAAACGCGAGAGACCAGAAUCAAAACUGAACCCCAAGAAAAUACUACCAUGACUGACGCAGCUCAAUACCAGCAAACUACACGUCAAUCUGCAUCCACACACCCAUUCGUCAAACAAGAGGAACAAGAAGAAGCUCUCACCAAUGCCGAGAUUGAAGCCAACUUGAAAUCACGAAUGAAACAGAAUGGUCGUCCCCUUGAACUCUACUUUGAAGGAGCAAAACUAUACCGUAUUCGAAUGCGUGCAAUCCGGCCAAACAACGACAUUGACCACAUUGGCCCCUUCCUUGCUGGUCUGGAUAACAACCUCUACCGUCGUCGUAUUGUUCACUGGCUGAGACAGGAGACGUAUGAUUGGCCGUGGCUUGAGCAUAUCGUUCUUUGCAUCCUUUCCGAGGAGGAAUAUUUCGCGAAGCAGGAUUAUGCGCUUGCGCACCAGUCUGAGGAUGGGUCGGUCCUGUUACCGGAUGGAACGAGACAGCAUCGGUUUGUUAUUCUUCAGCCUAUAACCGCGGAGGACUUGACUGAUUCCGAGGUGGAGGAGGAGGAGGAGGAGUGCGGGAAUAAUAGCCAUGAAGCCUCGGGGCUUCGAUGA